AUGAACAAUAGAUUACUCGAAUUAAAGGAGAUGGGCUCUUCUAAAUCAUCUGGCUAUAAAUAAAUGAAUGAAGAUUUUAGUAGCUCUAUUUUACCAGAAUUUUAAUAGGAAAUAGCAAAAGUAAAAAAAAUUAUCAAAGAAAUCGAAUUUUGUAAUGAAGGAAUUGAGGAAUUAAGACAAAAAUACUCAAAGGCAACAACAGCAGUCUAAGAAAAAGAUAUAAAUAGCAAAAUAAACUAGAUUAUAAAGGAAGCCACAAUGAAAAAUACAUAAUUAAAGCAAGUCUUAGAUAUAAUCGAAAAAUAGGUCAAAGAUUCUGUAGCUUCAAAACCAGAUGAUCCAGAAACAAAUAUAAAAACAACAAAUUUAAACGCUAUUAAGUGUAAGGUAAAGGAAGUUUUGUAAGACUUUUAGGCUACUUAGAUAAGCUACAAGCAAACAGUGAAGGAUAAAAUAAAAAGAGAAGCAUAAUACAUGGAUAGUUCUUUAUCUGAAAGAGAAGUUGAAGAAAUUUGCAAUGACCCUACUUAAGUGAGUUAAAUGAUGUAGAAGCGCUUUAACUAGUCAGCAACUGUUUAAUAGCUAAAUACAUUUAAUGACAUCUAGGAAAAGCAUAAAGAAAUUAUAGAACUAGAAAAGAGUGUAAGAUAAGUAGAUGAAUUGUUUAAAGAUUUAGCAAUGCUUGUGCAUCAUUAAGGACUUAUGAUUGAUGAUAUAGAGUCUAAUGUAAAGACUACUAAAACCAAUACUACCUUAAGUAAUAAGCAUUUGGGAUCUGCAAAAACAUUACAUUAAAAAUCAAAAAAAAAAAUGUGUUGCUUAAUUAUGAUUGGAGUUAUAAUUUUAGUUGCAAUUAUUGUUCCAGUUUCUUUAAAAUGA